CCGCGCUGGGCGCUGCCGCUCCGCCCGCCGCUCUGCCUCGCCUGCGCCGUGGAGACCCUGGGCGACGGCAGCGCCUCGCUGGUGCGGAAGAAGCACGUCCUGUCCCGUCUCCAGGAUGCCCUGGCCUGGCAGGCGCUGCCAGUCGUCCAGCUGCUGGCACCAGACGAGAGGGUGUGCAUGCAUUUGAUAGGAACUCUCUUUGGGAUGUUGCAUUCUGUGGAAGACAGCAGUGCCCUGAACCUAUUAGUUGAAGUUCUGGUGCGGCUUCUUGUGGAGCUGAAGUCAGAACAGUACUUAUACUGCAUUUUGGAUGAAAGUCAGAAGGAGCUGUGCAAAGCAACUACCAUGAGAAGCAGCCUGCCCACAUUUUCUCUCUUGGGCAAGCUGGCAGAUGCCAUCCCAGGCUUUGCUGAUAUACUGGUGGGAAAGCACAAUAAUUUAGUGGAUCAUCUGCUGAUGGGCUUGAUGUACCCAAAUGAAGGUAUAAAGGCUGCUGUCUGCUACUUGUAUGGCAAGCUGUACUCCUCUCCUGUUGGCACAGAACGGCUCUCAGGACACUUUGAAGAAAGGCUGUGUGGUGUCUUCUUGAAUACACUGGGGUGUGCACAGACAAAGGAGCUGCAGGUUAAUUGUUUGGGUUUGCUAAAGGAGCUGCUGAAAUCUGAUCAUUUUGUAUCUAUUCUUAUGAAUAAUUCAAAGACAGAGGAGGAGACUGAGAACCCUGACUUUUUAGAAGGGGAAAAUCCACUGCCACUUGUUCUCAAAAAGCUCUUGUUGACCAGAGAUGAGAUGUUACAGGCAGCAAGUUCUCACUGUAUGGCUUCAGUGCUGGUUCACUCUCCUAGCAGAUAUGCUUCUGCUUUUAUCCAUGCAGAUGUCCCAGAGUUUCUCUUUGAGUGUCUCUUGUGCAAAAGUGAAUUCCUAAUCUGGUCAGUGUACUGCUGCCUGCUCCUCCUGACUGAAGAGCGCCUUUUCUUCUCCAAGUGUCACACCGUCUAUGGCAUUGAAUCUCUGGUGAGGAGUCUCCAGGGUGUCCUGCUGCUGAACAAUGUGGAGUUGCACAAGCAAGGGCUCCUGCUCUUCACUGAAAUACUGAAACGGCAACCAGUGGAAAUCAAAUUAUUCACAAACCGAGGUGUAUGUAUAGAAGCCAUUGAUGUUCUGAUGGAGACAGUGAACUGCCCAGCGCUGGAGGUGGCGGUGGAGGCUGUGAAAGCUGUGGCAGCUUUCCUGAGGAAGGACCAUCUGAGCUCCCCUCCAGUCCCAUAUGAAGAGCUGCAGAAGCUUCUAGAAGCAGUGCUGAAGCGAUGUGCUGACCUUUCCCCACCACAGAGUACUAAGAGGCAUGCAGGCGAUCUCCUAUUCUCAGUGUCUCAGAGUCACCCGGCAAACAGAAAUCUUGGUAGAGUUCCUCAGAGACACGGUCAGUUCUUACUCAAUACCCUGGAAAGUUUCAGAAAUGCUUGCAGGUUAGCAGUGGAAUUCCAGGGUGACUUCAUGGCCCAGGAGAAUGCUUUCACUGCCCCCAACUCUGAGAGCAAAGACACACUAAGCAACUUCUCUGAGUUCCUGUUGAGGAUUUGUGACAGUCUCUGCAUCCCCAUGGUCAUGAGCUAUCUGGAAAGGGCUGUCAGCCCGUCUGUGACGGAGGUUUUCAUCUCAACACUCAGUACCCUCUUUACAGUGGUGCCAAGCAUGCGGAAUAAGUUCUCCAAGAAGCUGGCAUCCUCAUCCUUCAUCCGACUGACACUGGAGCUGAAGGCCAGAUUUUGCUCUGUACAGAGUGAUCCUGUCCUGAAUCACACCUGUUCCAGCUUCCUCUGCAGUUUAUGCCUGAACCUUUACGCAGCCACAGAGAAGAGGAGAACUUCUUCUCAAGAGGAGCAAGAAAUGUCUGAGCUCCUGCAGAAGGGUCUGCCUCAGUUAAACUUCACCAUUGCUGAAAGCCUUCUCCUCCUGUCUGAAGCCCCUGAGCCUUUCUUUUUGGAUCAGUCUCUUUGCAGCCAUCAGCACUGUUUCAUACUGCUCUUAUACUUUGCCUACACCUUUGGGGACAGGUUUGUUCCAGAGGCAGAAUUAUUUCUAGCUGUAAGAAAUUUUCUCCUCUCAGCACAGGACCAUGGAGACUGUCCCCCUCCACACAUACUCAGAGCUGCACUUUACCUCCUUGCUGUCUGUCAGGACAAAGGCAAAGCCCUGGAUGUGAGGUCUUUGUCUACCAUAAGAAGGAUCCUAGAUAAUCUUCCAGAUCUGAGCCUGGUCUAUGUCCAUUGUCCUCUCCUGCUGAAGUUCUUCCUGAGCUACACUGAACUUAUGGGGAAAUUUGGACACCAAAUCCUCCAACUCUGGUUUUCCUGGGAAGACUGCAAGCAGUCUGAGGUGGAAGAAGGUGAUUUUGGCACAUCUGAUCAGCUGAACAGCACUAACCCAUUGCUUCCCAUACUGAAGAGCAAUUCCAGCAUUUUGCUUAUUUUACUGGACCUGGUCUGCUCAGGCUCUGUGGAAGUGGCUUGGAAGGUGUUGAUUACUCUAAGGACCUUCCUGGAAAGAAAUGAGGAUGUCCUUGUCUGCGACCUCCUUCGGAGCCGUUUUUUACAGAUUCUGCAGCAGCUGCUGGUAGAGAGUAGCUCAGCCACCUUACAAGCUAACAGGAACCUGCCUGUUUUGCUGAGCCUUCUUUUCCUGGUGCAGCUGCGGAGCAAGUGCAUAAGGGAGCUGGACAGCACAGACUUCAAGCUGCUUCACCAGGUCAGUAAUCUCUGUGGGAAAUGCAGGCCAAGGGACACUGACCUCCUGCAGCCAUCCUUGAAUUUUCUGUACUGGAGCCUUCAUCAGACAACACCUUGUAGUCAGCAGAGAGCAGUGGCUGUGCUGCUCUCCAACGUGUCCUUGUUAGAACUCCUGCAGAAGGUUUUGGAAUGCACCUGGCUGUGGUCCCCUACUUCCAGACCUGCCUACCUGUCAUCUGAGGAUGCCUUGCUGUGCUCUGGAUGGCUGUUGGUGGCUUCCCUUUUGCUUUAUCAGCAUCGAUACAAUACUGAGGUUCACCAGACACUCUCUGUAGACCUUACAGAAGUCCUGAAUGCAGUCAUCUUCAGGAAUAAGAAGCCAAUCCUGCUGUUAGUGAGCAUCAUGCAGUUCCUGAGAGCUGUUCUGCGACAGAACUUCUCCUCCUCCCUGCUGGUGAUUGUUGGCCGAAACACAGCCCCAAGUUCUACUCAACCACAGCCAUCAUCACUGCAGGACACUGCCUUGCACCCCCUUGCCAUGCAGCAGGUCUUCUCGCUUGUUGUCAGUCUGCAGAACCUUCUGGUGCAUGUCCAGUUGAAGAAAGACUUGCUGCUCUCUCAGGCAGUGGUUGCCUGCCUAGAAACCUUAGUGGAAUACCUGUAUGUGAAGAACCAGGAUGUUGCUCUACACGUUGCUUCACAGCCAUGGCACCGAUUCCUGCUCUUCACACUACUCAGUGGCAGCCAGAAGUCCUUUCUGCAGCCAGAAGUUCUCAGGUUGAUGACUUUGUUUGUGAGAUAUCAGAGCAACAACAUUAUUUCUCAAAAAGAAAUUAGCCAGAUUAUUCAGGAGGCAGCAGAAGCCAACAUAGCAGAGCUGCCCGAGGCCACAUCUUGUGCUCUCCACCUCUUCCUUUCUCAGAUUCAGAGCAGUCAUUACCAGGUGGAGCCAGAGCAGUCAGGGAUCAUUCAGACCUUGCUGGAUCGCCUCUUGGGACAGAAGACCACUUGUGUAAAGCAUCAGGACAUUGUAUGUCUGGGAAGCGUGGCAGUGUCCCUCUCACACAUUGGAGAUUGAAAUGAGAAGAUACAGUGCACAGAGCAGAGGAACAAAGCAAGAAUGCAGCAGGAGAUCCCACCCUGCCAUUCAUUCCCAGUAGGGAGAAGAUGG